GUUUAACUCGAGGGUAACGAAAAGUACGAAAUCGUACUUUACAGGAGAAGCUAGGCGGAGGGAGCCACUUAUUCUUCCUCUUGCAGCUGGGUCUUUUUGUGGUGAGUGGCGAAGCGGCGAGGCUGGCAGGCCAGAGUGCUGGACUGGGUCAGGCGCGGCCCCGCCUCCCUCCUGGGUCCCUGCCCUGCGCGCCGUUGCUGUGGCAGCGCAGGACGCGGCUAGAGCUGGGGCUGCCGCGCCCUCCACCUCCUUCUCCAGAGGCCUCCCCGGACCCCUGGCUCGGGCCCAGGCUGCGACUCCGCCAUGCCCUGGAGGAGGCGCAGCAACCGGGUGAGUGCCCUGGAGGGCGGCCGGGAGGAAGAGGCGCACCCGGAGGCUGCCGCUGUGCCUCCGGCGCUGUUAACGUCCCCGCAGCAGACGGAGGCGGCGGCCGAGCGGAUUCUGCUCCGGGGCAUCUUUGAGAUCGGGAGGGACAGCUGUGACGUGGUGCUGAGCGAGCGAGCACUGCGGUGGCGGCCCAUUCAGCCCGAGCGCCCGGCGGGUGAUUCUAAGUAUGACUUGCUAUGUAAAGAAGAAUUUAUUGAACUCAAAGACAUAUUCUCUGUGAAACUGAAACGGCGUUGUUCUGUUAAACAGCAGAGAAGUGGUACUUUAUUAGGUAUCACACUCUUCAUCUGCUUGAAAAAGGAACAAAAUAAACUAAAGAAUUCUACACUUGAUCUUAUUAAUUUAAGUGAAGACCACUGUGACAUAUGGUUUAGACAGUUCAAGAAAAUAUUGGCAGGCUUUCCAAACAGACCGAAGUCAUUAAAAAUACUCCUUAACCCCCAAAGUCACAAAAAAGAAGCUACCCAGGUUUAUUAUGAGAAGGUUGAACCUCUGUUGAAGCUUGCAGGAAUAAAAACUGAUGUAACAAUAAUGGAAUAUGAAGGGCACGCUCUGUCACUGCUAAAGGAAUGUGAACUCCAGGGAUUUGAUGGUGUUGUCUGUGUUGGUGGAGAUGGAUCUGCUAGCGAAGUAGCCCAUGCUUUGCUUCUGAGAGCUCAGAAGAAUGCUGGGAUGGAAACAGACCGAAUCCUGACUCCUGUCAGAGCACAGCUUCCACUUGGCUUAAUACCAGCAGGAUCUACCAAUGUAUUGGCACAUUCUCUUCAUGGAGUUCCUCAUGUGAUAACUGCAACAUUGCACAUUAUAAUGGGGCAUGUACAGCUGGUCGACGUCUGCACCUUCAGCACUGCUGGCAAGCUUCUUCGCUUUGGGUUCUCAGCCAUGUUUGGCUUUGGUGGAAGAACUUUGGCUCUGGCAGAAAAAUAUCGAUGGAUGUCCCCUAACCAACGGAGAGAUUUUGCUGUUGUUAAGGCACUGGCAAAACUUAAGGCAGAAGACUGUGAAAUAUCAUUUUUACCAUUUAACAGCUCUGAUGAUGUGCAAGAAAGGAGGGCACAGGGAUCUCCCAAAUCUGACUGUAAUGAUCAAUGGCAAGUGAUCCAGGGUCAGUUCUUGAAUGUCAGCAUUAUGGCAAUUCCUUGCCUGUGUUCAGUGGCACCUAGAGGCUUGGCACCUAAUACCAGAUUAAAUAAUGGAAGUAUGGCUCUUAUAAUUGCCCGAAACACUUCUCGGCCAGAAUUUAUAAAACACCUGAAAAGAUACGCCAGUGUAAAAAAUCAGUUCAAUUUUCCAUUUGUUGAGACUUACACUGUUGAGGAAGUAAAAGUUCAUCCAAGGAAUAAUAGUGGUGGAUAUAAUCCAGAGGAGGAGGAGGAUGAAACUGCUUCAGAAAAUUGUUUCCCUUGGAAUGUAGAUGGUGAUUUAAUGGAAGUUGCAUCAGAGGUCCAUAUUAGAUUGCAUCCAAGACUUAUCAGUCUUUAUGGAGGAAGCAUGGAAGAAAUAAAUGAUUCCAAAGUAACAUGUAAUUGUUUCUAAAAGAAAUGUACAAACUAGAAUUUUAAUAUAAAGAAAUGUGGCCAUGCUUUAAACCUGUGGUCCCCACCCUUUUUGGGACCAGUUUCAUGGGAGACAAUUUUUCCGUGGAUGGGGGAAUGGUUUCAGGAUGAACUGUUCCACCUCAGAUUAUCAGGCAUUAGAUUCUCUUAAGGAACACGGCACUCUAGAUCCCUCACAUACCAGUUCAUGAUAUGGUUUGCACUUCUAUGAGAAUCUAAUGCUGCUGCAAUGCUGCUGCUGAUCUGACAGGGGGAGGAACUCAGUAAUGCUCCAUUGCUCUAACCUCCCGCUGUGUGGCCAAACGGAUAUCCUAAUAGAAAUUGCUAUUUUUGAUGUUACUAACAAUUAGCCUCUAAGGCUUUUUAAAAGUCAAGAUGAAAUAUCAAUUCAAAUUCUUUUUUUUUUUACAAUGUGUUUAUUGGACACACAAAAAAACUUAGCAACCAUCAUAAUACAUCAAUAUUUAACCUAGAUAAUUCUGAAAUAAUUUGGAUUCUUUCAUUUUUCAGGAUUUGAGCUCAUCAAUUAUGUUAAAUUUCCUAUAUUCUGUUACAAACAUAAUACAGAUUUCAUAAGUCUGCCUUGAUUUACUGCUCCCUAAUACAGAGCA